AUGGGACACCACUCAUGUUGCAACAAACAGAAGGUGAAGAGAGGGCUUUGGUCACCAGAGGAAGAUGAGAAACUCAUCAACUACAUUUCAACCUACGGCCAUGGCUGUUGGAGCUCUGUUCCAAAACUUGCAGGCCUACAAAGAUGUGGAAAGAGUUGCAGACUAAGAUGGAUAAACUAUCUAAGACCUGACCUCAAACGUGGAAGCUUCUCUCCCCAAGAAGCUGCCCUCAUCAUUGAACUCCAUAGCAUUCUAGGCAACAGGUGGGCUCAGAUAGCAAAGCACCUACCGGGAAGAACAGACAAUGAGGUGAAGAAUUUUUGGAACUCAAGCAUAAAGAAGAAGAUCCUGUCCCAUCAUGAUCAUCAUCACUCUUUUGUUGAUCAUCACAUUCAUUUCCCCACUACUACCGUUAAUCCCAACGAGGCCAAUUUCUUCACUUUCACUGCAAACCCUAGUUUGAUCCUCGCCGCGGCCUCUCAACAAGAUAAUCAUCAUCAUCAAGAGCUAUACCUACCCUGCAGCAUGAUCGACAAUAAUAUGAUUAAUCCAACGGCAGUGCCUGAUCAGGGACUGUUUUACCACAACGAUCAUCUCAAACUAGACCAGACGAACUUCAACUCUAAUAUUAUUGAUCAGGCCGUUCGUCUUCCAUCAUUCAACAUAUCGUCAACGGUUGUUAAUAACCCAUCAAUAUCUACGUAUGAUUCCACGUGGUUGCUAGGCCAGCAAAGUACUACUGCUACUGCUACUAGUACUACUCCGCAGUUUGAUUAUACGGCCAAUAUUAAUCAACGAGCUGAUCAUCAUGAUCAGAGUACUCUCAUGGUUGCUCCAAAUAUCUAUGACAAUUCUCUCGGCGGUGGUGACAAACUCAUCGAUCCAAGUUCGAUUUUAUCAGCUUAUGAAAGCGCAUUAAUGGCUCCCACGUCCAUGAUACCAAAACUCUGUGAUAUCGGUAACAAUGUUGACGGUAACUUCUGCUUGGUGCCUCCAUGUUCAUCUUCUCCGCAAUUAGCAGAAUUAGUUCCAUUGAACGUUGAUUCUAUGAUCAUUAAGCCGUCGUCGUUAGUACCAUUGACUCCUUUGUCAUCACCUUUAUCCUCGUCGUCUCCCUCAUCGUGCUUGUCAUCAUUGUCGCCGAUAUCUAACGGCCAAUUUGUCAAUCUGAAGCCAUGA